CUUUAUUUUUAAAUAAUAAUAAUAAUAAUCUUUCUGAAACAAAAUUAUCAAAUUAUUAAUGUCAACAUGAAACGUUCAUCGAUAGCCAAAGAUGAAAAUCAGCCUUAUAUAAUACAACAGGCAAUCGAAUCGGAAAUCGAUACAAAAUUAUCGGUACGUUUUCAGAAAAAUAAAUGUGAUUCAACUGAAUCGACAGCAACAACAACAACAAUAUUUACAAUUGGUGAAGAAUAUAAUAAUCAAAAAAAUAAUAAUAAUUCAAAAAUAAAAACAACGAAACGAAAAAGUCCUUCGAAUAAAAAGGCUACUGUAGCAGUAGCAACAGGGCCGCCAUUUAAUGUUCGUAAAUUAUCAACACCGAAAUUAAUUAAAUCAUCAUUAGAAACACCAACAUCAUCAUCAUCAUUGAUUUUAUCAUCAAAAUCAUCUACGGAAUCAACAAUCAUGUCACCUGCAAUUGAAUUACGUCGUUUUAGUAGUAGAGGUGGUAGAAGAAGUUUAUCCGGUCAAAAUUCACGUUGGUCAAAUUUUUUUCGUCGAAAAUCACAACAACAACACAAUACUCGUAUUGUAAAAGUAUUACGAUUAAAUAAUAGAUAUGAUGAAAAUGUAAUAGCAACAGCAAAAUAUAAUAUUGUUACAUUUUUUCCGAAAUUUUUAUUCGAACAAUUUCGAAAAUAUGCCAACAUAUUUUUUCUAUUUAUUUCAUUAAUGCAACAAAUACCAAAUGUUUCACCAACUGGUCGUUAUACAACACUUGUACCAUUAGUUUUUAUAUUAGUUGUAUCGGCAUUAAAAGAAAUGUUUGAAGAUGUUAAAAGACAUCGUGCUGAUCAUAAAGUAAAUAAUAGUCAAGCAGAAGUUUAUGAAAAAUCUUCAUUUGUACAAACAAAAUGGAAAAAUUUACGUGUUGGUGAUAUUGUACGUGUUAAAAAAGGUCAAUAUUUUCCAAGCGAUUUAGUUAUAUUCACCUCAAGUGAGCCAAAUGGUAUAUGUUAUGUUGAAACUGCCAAUUUAGAUGGUGAAUCAAAUCUAAAAUCACGUUCAUCAUUAAAGAUUACUGAUGAAAUUUGUAUAACAACCGAUUCAGAUGAUAAAAGAAAAUUAAAUAUGCAAGCAUUUGAACCAAAUAAAUUAACAUCGGCAAUAAUUAAUUGUGAUUUACCGAAUAAAGAAUUAUAUGAAUUUAUUGGAAAAAUAUUGAUCGAUAAUCGUGAAUAUCCAAUAUCACCGGAAAAUAUUUUAUUACGUGGUGCUAAAUUACGAAAUACUGAAUGGAUAAUUGGCUGUGUUAUCUAUACUGGUCAUGAAACAAAAUUAAUGAUGAAUUCAUUAAAUAAAACAAUAUUAAAACAAUCAUAUGUUGAAAUAAUGACCAAUCGACAGAUACUUGCUUUAUUAGGUAUAUUAAUAGUUAUUUGUUUAAUAUCAGCAAUUUGUUCAGUACUUUGGACAAAACAUAAUCAAUCACAUUGGUAUUUAGAUGAAUUACAAUCACAAGUAACGGCCAAUUUUUUUCUCAUUCUACUUACAUUUAUUAUACUUUAUAAUAAUUUAAUACCAAUUUCAUUACAAGUAACACUUGAAAUGGUUAGAUUUAUACAAGCUCAUUUUAUUAAUAAUGAUUUGGAAAUGUAUUGUCCGGAUUCGGAUACACCUGCAAUGGCACGUACAUCAAAUUUAAAUGAAGAAUUAGGACAAGUUCGUUAUAUAUUAUCAGAUAAAACUGGUACAAUGACAAGAAAUAUAAUGGAAUUUAAAAAAUGUUCAAUCAAUGGAAUUAUUUAUGAUGAACAAAAUUUUAAUAAAUUAGUUGAUAUUAUUAAGAAAAAAGAAAAAGGUUGUGAUAAAGUUCGUGAAUUUUUAACAUUAUUGGCUGUUUGUCAUACGGUAAUACCUGAACCAACACCAAAUUCAGAUGAUGGAUCAAAAUUUAUUUAUCAAGCAUCAAGCCCGGAUGAAGCUGCAUUAGUAAAAGGAGCACAACAAAUUGGUUUUGAAUUUUUACAACGAACACCGGCAAAAGUUGUUAUCGAUGCUAUGGGAAAAAUUAAAAAGUUUGAAGUUUUAAAUAUACUACCAUUCAAUUCGGAUCGAAAAAGAAUGUCGACAAUAAUUCGAACACCAUCAUCGAAAAAGAUUAAAAUCUAUACAAAAGGUGCUGAUUCAAUUAUUCAACGUAGACUAUGUGAAAAAUCAUCAAAAAUUUUUACUGAAACUGAAAUCAAUUUGACAAUAUUUGCAACAAGUGGAUUACGAACAUUAUGUUGUGCAUAUAAAGAAAUUCCCGAUAAUGAAUAUGAUGAAUGGGAAAAACGUUAUAAUAAAGCAUUACUUAUGCCAGCAUCAUCAUUAGAAGAAAGAGCAUUACGUGAUCAAUCAUUGAAUGAUGUAAUGUCCGAAAUUGAAGAAAAUCUUAUAUUACUUGGUGCAACAGCUAUUGAAGAUAAAUUACAAGAAGGUGUACCAGAAACUAUUGAAACUUUAAUCCGUGCUGGUAUCAAUAUUUGGAUGUUAACUGGUGAUAAACUUGAAACAGCUACCAAUAUAAGUUAUAGUUGUCGAUUGUUGAAAAAUAUUCAAGCAAUAGAAUGUUAUCAUAUUAUUAAAGAUGAAACACUUGAUUUAUGUCGUGAAACAUUGGUAAAUGCUGAAGCAAAAUUAAAUGAACAUCCUGAAGAUUUUACUUUGAUUAUUGAUAGUAAACCAUUAAGUUUUUGUCUUCAACCAGAAUUAAGGCCACAAUUUAUGGAGCUAGCAUUGAAAUGUAGAUCAGUAGUUUGUUGUCGUGUAUCACCUGCACAGAAAGCCGAAAUUGUUAAUGCUGUUAAACAAUCAACAAGUGCAAUUACAUUAGCUGUUGGUGAUGGUGCCAAUGAUGUAGCAAUGAUCAGAGCGGCUAAUGUUGGUGUUGGAAUAUCCGGUCAAGAAGGCUUACAAGCUGUACAUUCAUCGGAUUAUUCUAUUGCUCAAUUUCGUUUUCUUGCCAGAUUAUUAUUGGUUCAUGGAUCUUGGUCAUUUUCACGUGUUUGCAAACUUAUCCUUUAUUCAUUCUAUAAAAAUAUUGCAUUAUAUGUUAUUGAACUUUGGUUUGCAUCUGUUUCGGCUUGGAGUGGCCAGGCAGUAUUUGAACGAUGGUCAAUUGGUUUAUAUAAUGUUAUAUUUACUGCCGGACCUCCACUUGUUAUCGGUUUAUUUGAUCGUAUAUGUUCGGAUAAAGUUAUGCUAGAAAAUCCUGAACUUUAUAGAGAUCAAACAAACGUUUUCAGUAUUAAAUUAUUUUGGUUUUGGAUUGCAUCAUCUAUUUGGCAUUCAUUGGUUCUUUUUUGGUUAACCUAUGCCACUGUCAGUCAUGAUGCAUUAUGGGUUAAUGGAAGAUCUGAUGGUGGAUAUCUAUGUUUUGGAAAUAUUCUUUACACUUAUGUGGUUGUCACUGUUUGUUUGAAAGCUGCAUUAGAAACAAAUUGUUGGACAUUGCCUACACAUCUUGCAAUUUGGGGCUCAAUUAUAUCAUGGUUCAUUUUUCUUAUCGCUUAUAGUCGUGCAUGGCCAGGUUUACCAAUCGGUGCUGAUAUAUCAGAUAUUGAUCGAAUUAUUUUCACUUCAAACAUUUUUUGGCUUGGUUUAGCCAUUAUACCUUUUGUCGCUUUAUUAGUGGAUAUUAUUGUCAAAUUGGUGACACGUACCUGUUUCAAAUCAUUAGCCGAUCGAAUUAUUGAAUUAGAAAUGCUUAAAGAAAUGCAAUCUCGUCAACGUAUAUCGAUUAGUGAACGUGCACGUUUAUUGUUAAAUAAUUUUAGGCCAGCCAGUAGAGAAACACCACAACAUUUACGACGUGAACGAAUUUCUUCAAUCGAAAGGAUAGAAUCAUCAAUACAUCCAAAUGCAAGCGAUAUUGAAAAAGAUGCAUUACAUGGUUAUUCAUUUUCAGAAGAAGAACGUGAUCCAUCUAGUGCUGUUUCACAUUCAAGUGCAAUCAGAUUAUAUCCUGAUACAAAAAUGUAAAAUUUCAAUCAUCAUUAUCAUCCAUCAUCAUCAUUAUUCAUACUAAUUUAUGUCCAAAAAUGUGUUUCUGAAUCAUCAUCAUU